AUGCUGCGGAGAAACGGAAAGCCAAGAUCAUGCGAACCAUGUCGAAUAUCGAAAAUCAAGUGUGACCACGCGACGCCGACGUGCCAAAAAUGCCAGACUCGCGGUGUCGCUGAACAAUGCUUCUACCACCCGAAUCCGAUGACUAAGCCUGCUGGCACUCCUCGCAAGAAGCCUGAGCCACGUCGUCGUAAAGCAGACGGUCGCCCUGUUGAUACGCGUUCAUCACGUGGUCAUGGGCGGUUGACGUCGCUGACUCUUAGUCCUCCAACACUUAGGGAUGACAUUGGCACUGUUCCUGUGCCUAACUCGUGGCCAACGCCGCCCGAGUCUGCAACAAGAACAACACAAACAGGCUCAGAUCCAGCCCGGAGCUUCUAUUUGGGUUCAACUAGCUAUGCAGCUGUCUUCACCGAAGAGCGCCCAUUGCCGGACACGGUGCAUGAACAACCAUCCGAAAGGGUAAACGUGACACGCUCAGCAUCGAGUCGGAGCAUGGGAAGCCGUCACUGUCAAAUUGGGGCGGCUUACACCAUAGUGUCUACUCUAACACCGUUUGUCUUCUUUGAGAAGUCAUUAAACAUGUACUUCGAAAAUCAGAAAGCGUCUGCUUUCAUCGGGCCGCUCAUUCUAUCGGCUCUUCCUCGGCUUCGCCUGGAUCUUGCACAGCUCGUCGCUGCUGGCAAUGAUGCACACCCCCUAUACGCAGAGAUGAUCAAAAAUACCGCACGGCCUUUAAAAGUCCCUUCGACCAUGCUUCCGUCCGAGUUCCACACUCUCUUCACCGGGAGAAACCUACGCUGGGAGACGUUGGGUCUAGUUCUAGCUAUCGCCGUGUCUAACGCCCAGUUCACUUCGCCUCACGAUCCCCUCUUCACACUCGAUGAUGGGAGGAAGCUGGAGAAAGAUGACUUCAUCGAGGAUAUAAUUAAUGCAACUAACGAAUGUAUCAACAUAUGUCAAACACACGGAGCAGUUAAUGACAUCAUGGUAUGGCUCGUCUAUGCUAACAUGAUGGUAAUAAGCAAUUUUUAUGGAGAUAAUUAUCAUGGGACCUGGCGACGCAUGGGCGACAGUGUCUCCGCUCUAUAUGCGACGGGCAUGCACUGCGAAGGCGAGUUCUCAGGCGGCGCCACCGGGGAACCACUCUUUCUCCGUGAGGCGAGGAGGAGACUCUAUUCCGCAGUAUACCGCUCGGACAAAACACUCGCAGUAUUCUUCGGCCGCCCGCCUAUGAUGAACUGGAGGUACUCCGAUCGUAGACAGCUACUCGAUAUCAGUGAUAGGGCUGUUGCUUCUGACGACCCUAGUUUCCUCAAUGCAGAACUAUCGAAGAUAGGCAGCACAGGAUGGAAUGUUGAAGGCCAACUUCAUCCAGCUUCCUUCCUCAGACUACGGUGCCAGAUCGCCGUCUUCAAAGAGAGGCUAUUAGAACAAAGCCUUGCUGGAGAAAAGGACAGCGAUUUAGUCGGCAACUUACAAGCGAUAUCAACGGAAUGCAUCCAGUGGUGGGCAACUCUCCCUAGGCACCUUCGAUACGAAACGUACACUGAAGAGGAUGCCUGGAUCGGCCUAGGCGCAGGUUUGACAUUACACUUGAUCACCACGUAUCUAGAUUAUCUGCACCUACAUUUCCAGACACAGAGACUUCUUCAUCGACAAACACAACAAGCACUCCCAGCUUUGCUGGAGGUGUCGCUGAACUUGCUCUCCACAACUCUGGUCUCUACGAAGCCUAACAAUAGGGUCUAUGAAACGAGACGACACUUUCCCACCGUCACUUUAUUCUACUGCUUCCCUGCUGCUGGCGUUCUAGCCCUGGAGCUUAGACGGUGCACGAUCGAAGGGGUACCUCUUCCCGACACCAUUUCGCGCGCCGAUGUUAUCCGCACCCUCUCCGUGCUUACUUCCUGUCUUGAGUGGAUUAUUGUACCCGGCGAUGGAAAUCACAAGCUCUGUAGCGAGUUGAACAAGAUGCUAACACUAGUACUGGACGAGGUACUCAACUAUGAACCCCCUACAAAUGGUGUCCAGGAGAAUGGAGAAGAGGUGACUGGGUCUGGGCAGGGGUUCUUCAACAUGCCGAUGAUCGAUGGAUUAGAUCCAAUUCCGACGGAAGCAGCGGACUUCUUAAACUGGUUGGACGAUGCUACUUGGAACAGCACAGAUCUCUUCUGA